CCCAUACCAUGUUGAAAACACUGCUCAUGCGCUGGAGACGCUGCAUGCUGUGAGUUCAUAUCAUACCGCCUGGGCCAGAAGCAAGAGCCGCCUCAAAGCAUCGCGCUUAUCGUACCAGACGCACUUCACUGCCCCGCGCACCUGGCCAGGCAGCUCGAGCACUAUGACGCACGCAUGACUGAAUGAUGUGGUAGUCUGGGCCUGCCAUAUAAAACCUGGUUUACACACUCGACUUUUCCCAGCCAGAUUGUCAAACCACUUUCCUCUGCAGAUCGCUCACGCACAGACCCUGUAAAUUGAAUCAUGUCGUCGCAAAUGGGCAAAGAUGGGACCUUCCAGCCCCCGCAGGCAAAACAGGCUCAGAGCAAGCCGGGUCUAGAGAAGGAGAUGGCACCAUCCAGCGAGUCCACCAAGCUGGAAGGCAGCGAGGGCUUCGUCGAAUACACGGGCUCCAACAAGCUCAAGGACAAGAAGGUCCUGAUCACGGGCGGAGACUCCGGAAUCGGUCGCUCGGUCGCUGCGCUGAUGGCCCGCGAAGGGGCUGACAUCACCAUCGUAUACUUGCCCGAGGAACAGGAGGAUGCGGAACACACCAAGCAAUUGGUCGAGAAGGAAGGGCGCAGUUGUCUCCUGGUGCCAGGUGAUUUGCGGAAGAAUGAAACGUGCAAGAAGGCCGUGGAGGAACAUGUGAACAAGUUCAAGCAUAUCAACGUUCUCGUGAACAACGCAUCGAAGCAAUACAUGUGCAAGGACCUGGCCGAGAUCGAUCUCGAUAAGGUCGAGGACACCUUCCGCACCAAUAUCCUGCAGAUGAUUGCCAUCACCAAAUACGCGCUCCCACAUAUGUCCAAGGGAGAUUCGAUUAUCAACAACACAUCCGUCACCACCUUCCGCGGCUCCGGCACGAUGGUCGAUUACGCAUCAACCAAGGGGGCGAUUGUGGGCUUUACCCGGUCCCUCGCCUUGCAGCUGAUGCCCAAGGGUAUCCGGGUAAACGCGGUCGCACCUGGUUCCGUGUAUACCCCCAUCCAGAUCGAUACCAGAGAUGCCGAGUCCAUGGAGGGAUGGGCCUCCGGCAAGCCGCUGGGUCGUCCGGGACAGCCCUCUGAGGUGGCAACGAGUUUCGUGUUCCUGGCUAGCAAGGACGCGUCUUUCUAUUCGGGACAAGUUCUGCAUUGUUACCCUCUCGGAGAGUAGUGGCAGACAUGAUUGGAUGAAUUGAAAUGUAUAUUCCGAAGAAACGACAAUAAUAUUGGGUAGUAAUUUAAUUUCACUCACAGAAUAGUGGCAAAGUCCUCAGCACUUACUGAGUUGGCUUAUCACCGAAUCAUGCGUGGUCCGUGGUGCCAAGUCGGGAGUGCUGCUGCGGGCACUUGUAUGUGUGGCGUGCCAUGUGCCAUGUGCCAGGGAGUGCGUGGGGCAGGUUGCAGUGCUUGUCAGCCUCAGUGUUUCAGACUAUUAGUUGAUCGGUUGAUACUCGUCACCUGCAGAGGAAGGUAUUCCAUACCAG